CAGGGGCGGACUGACCAUUUGAAAACUCGGGCACUGCCCGAGGGCCUGGGGUCAGUAAAGGGCCCCAUGAGAUGCCCCUGGUACCUUUUUCAUAGGCUUUUUUGAGUUUGGGCAAGGACAGAGGGGCCCCAUGAUCCCCUAUUGCCCGGGGGCCCCAUGAGUUGUCAGUCCGCCCCUGGUCCUUAUCACAUUGCAGCCCCAUCAGUACCAAUCAGUGCAGCUUAUCAGUGCCCCUCUUCUUUUCUCAGGUAUGCC